AUGUAUAAUAUUAAUAGAACUUCAUGUGGUGCACAUACUCUUCAAUUGGUUAUUGGAAAAUCUCUUGUGGUUUGUGAUGUAUUUUUAGCAAGAGCAAAAAGGCUUAUAAAUUUUUUCCUUAGUCCAAAACAAACUGAACUCCUAGAGAAUGCACAAAAGGAAGUUGCUGCUAAUGAUGAUGAUGAUAUAGCUAAAACUAAUAAUAAAUACUUGCAUGCUAUUGGAGAUGUACCAACAAGAUGGAAUAGUUCUUUUUUAGCUUGGGAGCGGAUUUAUUUAUUAAAAGAUGCUAUAUAUGCAGCAUUAGAUAUUUUAUCCAAAAACAGAAAAAAUAAUCUUCAAAUUAGAAAAGAUUAUAAUCGUCUUAAUAAAAUACUUCUUGAAGAAGAUGAGUGGGAUUUUAUGCUGGAAAUGAUUAACAUAUUAGGACCAUUUUACAAAUCAACGCUAAUGUUGGGAGCUAGCAAUUAUGUAACAAUUAGUUUGAUGUAUCCUGUGAUUGAAGCUUUAAAAGAAAAAUUCAAAGUAGAGACAAAUUACAAUGAAUAUUGUGAUGAACCAAUUCUUGAAUCAUCAGAAACUGUAUUUGAUGAAAUAGAAAAAAUAUAUUUAGAAAUGUGUCCUGAACAAUCACCUACUGCAGAUACUAAUCAAUCCACCACAGAUUCUAGAAUAAAGUCUAAAAAAGUUUAUCAACCUUCUUUAAUGAAAACUAUUUAUGUUAUAGGAAAUCCACCAAAUAUUUCUGUGCCAACACAUUUUUACAAAGUUAUUUUAGCAAUAAAAAACAAGAAUCAAAAAGAUAUCGACCUUAAUAUUGAUAAGGAUUCUAGGGACAAUGAUGAUAAAAUUUAUGCAUUAGCAACUUUUGUUUUACCAAAUGAAAAUAUACCUUCAUCAACACCAAUAUCCAAUUUUUCAGUACCCUUGGAUGCUUUAGAAAGAACAACUGGUUUAACAUUUUUUGAAAAUUUAGUAAAUAUUUUGCCAACAAGGCAAAUAAUGAUGAUAAGAAAUAACGAGUUUUAUAAAUAA